CAGUUAAUGGAUUUUCAUACACCAAAGCCAGAUGAGGUCGGCAAAUUUUUUUGUUAUUGUGGUGUUAGCGCUAUUGAAGAUUUCUGAAGCUGGCGGUAGUACAUUUAAUGUAAAAGGCUUCACCACCGCAUUCAAUCAGACAUUCAAUUAUGGUGGCAACGGGGCAAGCAUACUUAAACGAAUCUCCGAUACAAUCACAAAUCGUUCUGCCCCAGUUACACCAACCGUCGGCAGUAGAAGUUCAUCCUUUGCCGAAGAUUUUUCUUUGUUCGAAAAGUUGCAAUCACAUAAUCGUGAACGGAUUCUCGAUCGAAUUGUACACGCUAAAGGUGCUGGGGCGUUGGGAUAUUUUAUUGUCACCAAUGACGUGACAAAGUACACUAAAGCCGGCUUCUUACAGUCUGUGGGACAAAGAACGAAUGUUGCUGUACGAUUUUCAACGGUACAUGGGGAAAGUGGUAGUGCAGACACGGCUAUCGACCCGAAGGGAUUUGCCACCAAAUUUUAUACCGAUGAUGGAAUAUAUGAUUUUGUAGGGAUGAAUGGAGAAGUGUUUCCGAUUAGAGACGUUAUGCUAUUCGCUGACUUGAAUCGAUCGCGCAAACGAAAUCCGUACACUCAUCUUACCGAUUAUACGGCUUGGUGGGACUUUACCAGUUUAUGUCCGGAGACAACACUGCAUACGUUACAGAUGUUUUCGGACGAAGCAAUGCCGAAAUCACUAACUUACAUCGAUGGUCAUUCGGUUCACACUUACAAAUUGAUUAAUGCCAAAGGUUCGGCCGUUUACGUCAAAUUGCACUGGACAUCGAAUCAACAGAAUAAGGAGUAUUUUACAUUGAACGAAUCAAUACAAAUGGCGGGUACAAAUCCAGAUUUUCUGAUUGAGGACCUUAGGACUAGAAUUGAACGAAAAGAGUAUCCAAGUUGGACGUUAUCAUAUCAAGUGAUGACACUGGAUCAAGCCACAAAGCAUUAUCAGAACCCAUUCGAUAUAACGAAGUUCUGGAAAAGGGAAGACUAUCCUCUGAUUCCCGUCGGGUUAAUGGUUCUCGAUAAAAAUCCAACAGAUUACUUGACUCAAAUCGAGCAACUAGCUUUCAAUCCGUCCAAUUUGGUGCCGGGCAUUGCUUCAAGUCCUGACCGCAUCCUUCAGGCUAGAAUUUUCUCCUAUUCUGAUGCUCAGCUACACCGACUCGGAACUAAUUUUGCACACACUUCAGUCAAUAAAUGUCCAUUCGAAACAAAUACGAACAGCAAUCCAUCCGGACCCAUUUAUUUUCCGAAUAGUUUCAGUAGUCCUGGUAGCAAUUUCAAACAAUUCGUCCUUGAAGCAAAUGAUACAGCGAUCGAACGCAUUGACGACUACGAUGAUGAUUACUUUUCGUUGGCAACAUUUUAUUUGGAAGAGCAGGUAGAUAGCGCACAAAGGAAGCGAAUUUGUAGCAACAUUGCCACGUUUCUUGGCAAAGCCCACAUCUUGGUUCAGAGAAAUUUCCUGAAAAAUAUUGCUUACAAUGUCAGCAAAGAGUUCGGAGAUUGUAUCAAAUCCACGUUAUGUAUUUAGGUGAAGGAAUUUGUUAUUUGAACAAAAGAAACAAUAAAUGAUUCACGCGG